GUUCUGCUCCCUGCUGGAAGAAGUCCGCAUCAGGGGCUACUUUUCUCUGGACCUAAAACUUUCGUAGUCUUUGUGUUUUGUGGAGUAAAAAGCUUCACUGGAAGCAACUUCGAACGGACAUGUCGCCGUUGGAAUGAGAAGACUCACUUAAAAAAAAAAAAAGAAAAAACCUCAAGACAAUCGAUUCAGGAUGUGGCGGUUAUUGUUGUCCUGUUUAGGGCUAUUUGUUUGGUUUCACAACCGUUGCAUUGUAACAGCCUUCACAGUGGAAUCCAGACCUCUGCUUACACGUGAUGAGCUGUACUAUGAGUAUGUACCAGAUCGGCUGCCUUGGCACGACGCGGUCCACUUAUGUAACCAGCGCUCAGGGUCGUUAGCCACUGUCUCCACAUCUGCAGAGAACCAACAGCUAACCCGAUUUUUAUUGUCACUGAACAUCUCUUACCCUGUCUGGAUUGCCAAGAAAUCAUACAUUAAUGAGUUCCAGCUCUGGGCAGACCUGAUCCAGGGAAAUCUUGCGCAGCUGGCUGUUCUGGUCCAUCUUGUUUAUGGGCCUUAGCAUGAAGCCGUUGAGCAUGACGGCUCUUGGCAUUCAGUCUGCACUUCUAGGAGCCAGAAUGCCAGAAGCUGGAUGCUGUUUGGUGAUGGUGUUGUAGUGUCCAGGGGUGAUGGACUUCAUGCGUACCAGAGCAUGGGGCCUAAUGAGCUCAUCACUGUGCAGGAUCAGGAUAUCUCUGGGGAUUUUGAGUUCUAUUUUCCACUAAAUUUAUCUGGCAUCCGUCUGUCUCGGGAGACAAUGGACCUGCGCCGUGGGGUUUUCAGUCUGCUUGUCGGCGUAGCCCUAAGCUCCAAGCACCCAUUGAAGCAGGCAGACUGUGGCGGGUCAGCACCUUACUGGCUGGGGGCUGCCCAGCUUGGGACGGGUUAUUCAAGAACAAGUUACAGGGACAAAUCAGACUUUGCUGAACACACUGCUGUCCUUCACUCACUGGAUUCUGACCAUAGUCUGGCCUUACUGCCCUGUCAGGCUCUUAUUCAUCGCAUCCUCUUUCUCAUCAAACCACCUUCACAGUGGAAUCCAGACCUCUGCUUACACGUGAUGAGCUGUACUAUGAGUAUGUACCAGAUCGGCUGCCUUGGCACGACGCGGGUCCACUUAUGUAACCAGCGCUCAGGGUCGUUAGCCACUGUCUCCACAUCUGCAGAGAACCAACAGCUAACCCGAUUUUUAUUGUCACUGAACAUCUCUUACCCUGUCUGGAUUGCCAAGAAAGUCACGACACGUAACAUCAGUGUGUUAACAACCCACGUCUUCCAUUCUAUCCUGGAAGAAAAUGAUUUCCAGGAUCAGAACAUCACCUUGGAAUUGGUCCAUGACCCUCAGACUGAGGAUUGUGUCAUCUUUGACCCUUUUAUGAAGAACUGGAGUCAGGACGGCUGCGGCUCACUCAGAGGGGCAGUCUGUCAGUUUAAGAAAGGUGCAGAAGUCCUGGAUACAUUCAUUUUACCAAAUAAAACAUUUGUGGGCAGACCAGACAAGGAGCAUCUGAUGAAAUCUCUGCUAGCUGAAUUUAACAUCAGCUCUUCUUGGGAUGGAGACCUCAGUGAGCUUCAGCAUCUGACCGAAGGUGUCCUGCAGAUAAUGGAGUCUGAGAGCUCAGACUCCUUUACCUCCAGUGAUGUCCUCCAUCUGACCCAGAUCAUAAAUCUGGUCCUGACUACACUGCCUGUCAUUUACACUGCCGGAGUUGACACAGCAGAGGUCAUGGUGUCCGUGGCUACCAACUAUCUGAAGCUGGCUAGUUUGAUGUUGGAGCCCCACACAGCUGCAAAGUGGAUUGGCCAGACAGAGGAUGGGGUCAGUGUGGGGCCAUUCACUAUUGUGACAAGCAUUGACAGCCUCACUGAAGCUCUUGCACACAUGCUGUCGUCUGAGGGCAGAGGCUUCACUCUUUCUACCAAAAACAUAGUUGUGUACAUGGUAUGGCAAAAACUGUCUGAAGUGACCCAGAAUCAAAUCUUCAAGCCUUCUGCUCUCGGCUCUCACAGCAGCAGCAGUCAGGAUGUGCUGCUCAUACCGAACUCUGAGCUCCAGAGGGUACACUCACUGGGAUAUGAUGAAGUGAUGCUUAUUCACACUCACUACAGCCGUCUGAAUGAGAUUUUGCCUGCAGUGGAAGGGGAGCCUCAACCCAAAGCAACAAGAGCUCCAUCGAGUUAUUUGGCUUCUGCUGUCAUAUCAGCAACCAUGCGUGAUACCUCCAAGGCCCACACCAUCCCAGUGGCCGUCCACUACACCCUAUCUUCAUCUAAAUUGGAGUGUUCGCAUCAAGCUACUCCUGUUUGUGCCUUUUGGAAUUUCAACUUAACACAUAAUCAUGCCAGUAGCUGGCUCAGUGAUGGUUGCACUGUGACCUUUGCAGACUCCGAUGUCACUUCCUGCCUUUGUAACCACACCACUAACUUUGCAGUGUUGAUUAAUUACAUGGAGUCGAAGUGGAGUCCAGAGGAAGAACUUAUUCUGACCAAACUGACGUUUAUUGGCUGUAGUGUUUCACUGUGUGCGCUGGUGGUCACAUUGAUGUUGUUCACCGUGCUGGACAUUCCCAAAUCUGACAGGACCUCCAUCCAUAAGAACUUGUUCGUUGCUCUCAUCUGUGCUCAAGUCAUUCUGUUGUGCAGUGGUUCAGCCAUUCAUAACAAGGUGGCGUGUACAAUCGUGGCGGCCCUACUCCAUCUCUUUUUCAUGGCGGCGUUCAGCUGGAUGCUCGUUGAGGGUCUUUUGCUUUGGAGUAAGGUGGUUGCUGUCAACCUGAAUGAGAAUCGACAUAUGAAGUAUUACUAUCUCAUCGGCUGGGGUCUGCCGGUGCUGAUUGUCACCAUUACGCUGGCUUCAGCCUCAGGAAAAUACUCAGCUGAUGGCUACUGUUGGCUCAGUGUCCAGAACGGCAUCAUCUGGGGCUUUGUUGGACCUGUCAUCUUUAUCAUCAUGGUGAACAUCAUGGUACUGACCAGGGUGGUGGUCAUCACCAUCUCGACUGCCAAGAGGAGGUCCUUCAUGUUGGCCAUGACCACCAGCCCUGUGGCACAAGCUUACGAGCAUAUGAGAGCUGCAGUGAAAGCGGUGUUGGUGUUGCUACCUAUUCUUGGACUGACGUGGCUGUGUGGCGUCUUAGUGCCUUUCUCCAUUGUCAUGGCCUACAUCUUCAUCAUCCUCAACUCCCUACAGGGCCUUUUCAUCUUCCUGAUAUAUGGGGUGUACAACACAGAGGUUCGGAGCACGGUCAACAGGAUCAAGGAGCGGAGAAAAGCACUUAAUUUUUCAAAUGGUGCUAGUACCCGUCCAUCCAGCUCAGUCACCAGCUCUCGUCCUGUCAGUUUACCACUUGGAGCAACAACAGGCCAUGAGGAGGAGGCGGCAAACCCUUCAUACAUUAGUAGCAAUGCACUGGCUCUGGACAAUGAGAAGGAGAGGACGAGAGGUGAGUUCUGUCAUGCACAGAUGCUGUUUUUUUGCUUUCAGCUGUCAGCCACAGUGUUAUGCUAUGGUGUCAACAAUGACGCUGUCACCUGA